AUGUCUCUCUUUUUUUCUUUCCACUCUCUUCUCCUUCUCUUUCUUCUCUCUUUUCCUCACAUCUUUUUUCUCUUGCUCCCUCACUCUCUACUCUCUCUGUCUGUCUUCCUCCCCUCCCUUUCCCUCCCUCCCCUCUCCCCUUCUCCCUCCUCCCCUCUCGUCUCCCCUGCAUCGUCUCUCUCGCUCUCUCGUAUCCCCACCUCUUCAUCUCCUCCUCUCUCUUCCGUCCCCCUCCUCCCUCUCUCCUCGUCCCUCUCCCUCUCCUCUCACUCCCUCCUCUCCCCUCACUCCUCUCAAUCCUCAUCCCCACCACUCCUUUCCUCUUCAUUCACUCUUCUCCACCCCCCUCCUCUCCUCACAACCAGCAGCUCCUCUCUCUCCAUCCUCUCUCUCCUCUUUCACUCCUACUCAUCUCUCCACCCUCUCCUCUCCUCACAUAGCCUCCUCCCGUCGCCUGUCUCUCCUCCCUCUGCUCUCCUCUCGAUCUCCUCGUUCUCACCAAACUUUCUCUCUCGGCCCUCUCUCCUCUCUAUUUCUCACGACUUAUCUCUCCCACUUAAUCUCAUCUCCUACCUUACUCCUACUCUUUCCUCUCCUCUCCUCUCCUCUCUCUCCCCUCGUCUCCGUCCGCUCUCCGCUCGCAGGCUCUCCUCAUCUCUCUCCUCCCUUCUCUCUCCCUCCGACUACUUUACUCUUCGACUCUCCCCCCACUUUCUCCCCCAACCUUUUCACUUCUCUCCUCUCUCCAUCAGCUCCACAACUCCACCUCAUCUCGUUCCUCGCGCUCCUCUCUCCCCUACUCCUCUCUCUCCUCUCUCUCCUCUCCCUACUGUCCUCUCUCUCAUCCCAAACUACUCCUCCAUUCAUCUCUCCUCUCUCACAUCCUCUCUCCAGCUCCCCGCAGUCAUCUCCUCUUCCACUCCUUCUUCAAACUCUCUCUCUCUCUAUCCCACGUCCUGCUCUCUCCUCUCUCCCUAUCUCUGGCCUCCUCCCCACACUCUCUCCCCACUUCCCUCUCUCCGUCCCACUUUCCUCCCUCUCUCUCUCCCCCCUCUACUCUCUCCUCUCACCUCUAUCGUCUCUCUCUCCUCUGCUCUCUUCCCCAUCCUCCCCGCUCUCCCUCCUUCCUACCUCCCUCUCUCUCCUCUCCCACUCUCCCCUCCCCCCUGA